GAUGGCGGCCCCAGUGGCCCCCCAAUGCCACCAGUGACGUGGGAGGCUAAGACAUGACGAACGUCUGGUUAGUCAGUUUGAGACAGUCCAGCCCCAAAGGCGGUCAGUGACUCACUAUCAGUGGAACCAUUCUGCCGUAAUUAUGAUCAUCAAGUCAUGGAUCAUAGUUGUGAAGACCUUGCUGGUUCACUCACUUCUUAUCUGUACUAACCCUCUGAUGCAUAUGACUGAUGCGCAGGGAACUGUAUAACAUAACCCAAGCUCAGCCUUAGAGAGGUCUUUCUUUUCCCGAGGUCUCCAAGCAGUAUCUUCGUCAAAACUGUCCGCCGAACAUGUACUGCGCCACUCAUUCUUAAGAGAGUUGUUGGAUAAUUCCUUACUUCUAAGAUAUACGCCUCCAUUGAAAAUUUACUUCAUACAUCGUCUCUCCGCAUCUAGUAAUUCGAAAAUCUUGGUAUAGCAGCAGCUUCAAGUUCCGUUUCUCUUCAUUUUCAUUACCGAGUAUGUCCAACAACAUGGAGGGUGAUUCGGAAUCCUUAGCUCAGAACGAGCACUCCAAGGACGAACAAGCGAUGCUCUCGGAUGCAAUCCCGUCAACGAGUCCAGUGAUCUCAUAUCAAGCUCCUGCAACGGGUGCAGAUGAAACGAGCCGUCUACGGGAGCUUCAAGCCGACGUUCGCGACCAGGAUGACCUCGAGAGAGAUAUAUCUCGUCAGGCCGAUAGGUUGCUCAUGGAGCAGGCAGACGAACGUGACAAUAGAAGGCUAGAACGUACAACACAUGAAAAAGAAAAGCUUGAAGCGCAGAUUAUAAAAGCACACCAGCGGAUGUCCCAGCCUAUCGGUACAUCUGCUCGGGUCCGCCUACAAAAUGAGAUUCAAAAACUAGAAUCCCGUAAUGCCGCGUUGGUGAAUGACCUCGAAGAGAUACAGCAACGCAUUAAUGAAAGACAUGAAGGACAAGAAUCUGGAGGGCCGGCUAUGGGAACAGGUCGAAUGCCUAAUGAGUCUCGCAGAGAUUAUCUCAUUCGAACAGGGAAGAUCACACCAUUUUCUAAAAUGAGCACCGGCCCGAAUGAGGGACCCCUUGCCAGUUUGCAUGAUGCUCUGAUCGACGCCGAAGACGAGCGCGAUGAAAGGGAAGCGUUGGAGGAAGUCAAAAAUCGAUCUGCAGUAUCUCACCGGAACCUUGUGCGCCCUAGCUUUGGCUUUGAUGAAGCGAGCGAAGGAUCUAUGGACAGGGAUGAACAACCAAAAAAGCGGAGAAAAUUGACCAAAGAAGCUAAGGACAGAGGGACAACCAUGGAUUUCGAUGAAAUGGAUGGGAUAACAAAGACUCUGGGAGAUGUACCUUCCGAUGAUGGCUCAGCAAGUUAUGUAGCGUCGGAGGAGGAAAAGUCAACAUCAGAAGACGAGGAUGACUUUGUACCCGAGGGAACGCCGCCGCGAUCCGCAGUCCGAAGCAAGGCCAAGAAGACCCCAGACGAUGUCGAGGAUUUCAGCGGGCUGGACGAUGGAAACGAGAAGGUCUAUCAAUCCAGGCUUCAGAAUUGGAUCACCCGAAGAAGUGCUGCGCGGAAGCGUGCCUUGCAGCGCAGUACAAAUUUUCAUGAACAUGAAGAACAGGAGGAGUGGUUCAUGCCUCACCCCAGUGUACCCGACGUGGACUAUGACAACGGAUAUCGUGUUCCUGGUGAUAUUUAUCCCCUGUUGUUUGACUAUCAGAAGACAGGGGUGCAAUGGCUAUGGGAAUUACAGCAGCAGCAAGUAGGAGGCAUUAUUGGAGAUGAAAUGGGGCUUGGGAAAACAAUCCAAGUCAUUUCUUUUCUGGCUGGGCUUCACUACAGCAAAAAACUAACAAAGCCGGUCAUUAUUGUGUGUCCUGCGACUGUCAUGAAGCAGUGGGUUAAUGAGUUCCACCGCUGGUGGCCCCCUUUUCGCGUUUCAAUUCUGCACACCUCCGGCAGCGGGAUGGUAAAUAUUCGAAAUGAGAGUAGUAGGGAAGAUGCGCUUCUGUCUCAGACGUGGGAUAGUCGUCGUAGUCUGGGUGGGCUGAAAGCCGGAAGAAAAGUCGUCAAACGUGUGGUAGAGGAGGGUCAUGUGCUGGUGACCACAUACUCUGGCCUGCAGACCUACACUCCCCUUCUAAUUCCAGUGGAAUGGGGAUGUGCUGUACUCGAUGAAGGCCACAAGAUCCGUAAUCCUAACACUUCGAUCACUAUCCAUUGCAAGGAACUCCGGACACCACAUCGGAUCAUUCUGUCAGGCACACCGAUGCAGAAUAACCUGACAGAGCUUUGGUCAUUGUUCGACUUUGUUUUCCCAAUGCGCCUUGGGACAUUGGUGAACUUUCGAAAUCAGUUCGAGUUCCCCAUCCGUCAGGGUGGAUAUGCUAAUGCUUCGAACUUACAAGUGCAAACAGCAGCAAAAUGCGCAGAGACUUUAAAAGAUGCCAUUAGCCCGUAUCUUCUGCAGCGAUUCAAGAUCGAUGUUGCCGCGGACCUUCCUAAGAAGAGCGAACAAGUGUUGUUCUGCAAGCUCACGAAGUUGCAGAGACAGGCGUAUGAGGCAUUUCUCGGCUCUGAAGAGAUGCAAUCUAUUCUCAGAGGCCGUAGGCAAGUGUUAUAUGGAGUGGAUAUUCUACGAAAGAUUUGCAAUCAUCCAGACUUAGAGAGCCACAAACUUACGUCGCAUAAACCAGGCUACGGUAACCCUGAUAAAUCAGGCAAAAUGCAAGUUGUCAAGUCUCUCCUUGAGCUAUGGAAGGAUACCGGCCAUAAAACUCUUCUAUUUGCACAGCAUCGUAUCAUGUUGGACAUCCUUCAAAAGUUUGUGGAGUCUCUGUCGGGGUUCAAUUACCGGCGGAUGGAUGGCACCACGCCUAUCGCCUAUCGGCAAUCGAUGGUUGACGAAUUCAACAAUAAUCCAGAUCUUCACGUGUUUCUCCUCACCACCAAGGUAGGAGGGCUGGGAGUAAACCUAACAGGGGCUGAUCGGGUGAUCAUCUAUGAUCCCGACUGGAAUCCAUCAACCGAUAUGCAAGCCCGUGAGCGAGCAUGGCGGCUCGGACAAAAGCGUGAUGUUACAGUGUAUAGACUGAUGACCGCUGGGACAAUCGAAGAGAAGAUUUACCACCGACAGAUUUUCAAACAAUUCCUCACUAACAAGAUAUUGAAGGAUCCUAAACAGCGCCAGACUUUUCAACUCAGCGAUUUGCACGACUUAUUUUCUCUCGGAGAAGAAGGCCAAGGUCCAACGGAAACAAGCAAGAUUUUCAAAGAAGCCGACAUCACCUACGAAGAGGGAGGUGGCACGACCACUCAGCAGACACGCGCAGGUACUCGCAUACAGAGUCACCCGCGGGACCGACAAGAUGAGGAGAAAGACGUUAGCCGUGUUGAAGGUGUAGCAUCAGUUGAGAACUUCCAGGGCGACUCUGAGCCGCCGAGCGACAAAGACCAAGGAUCUUCUGGUGCUAAUAACGAGUCGCGUAUCAUGGAGGGCAUAUUUGCCCGCUCUGGCGUUCAUUCCGCGGUGGAGCAUGAUCAGAUCGUGAAUGGCAAACGUGUUGUGCGGGCGGAUCCCAAGAUCAUCGAAGCGGAAGCGAAGAAGGUCGCCGCUGAAGCCGCCGAGGAGCUGCGUCGAGCGGGAGAAGCAGCACGGUCUGUGCCCAUUGGGACGCCAACAUGGACAGGCCAGUUUGGGCUUGCCGGGAGACCGGAGGAGCCCGCAGCGCGCCUGGCCUUCGGUGGAGGCAGUAGUUCUGCGAGACGAGCUGCAGCCGGCCCGUCAUCAGCUAGCAUCCUGGCCAAUCUUUCUGCACGCACACCUUCCUCCCGAAGCGGCAGUAACAGCCCCGCGCCAGGCAAGGCACCCAGUGGAACGGAUUUCAUUACGAUGAUUCGGGACUUUAUUGUAUCCCACGGCGGGUCCGUCCAUACGCAGAUGCUGAUUGACCAUUUCAACCGUUUCUGCACUACUCCACAACGAUCAGCUGAGUUUAAGGAAAUGCUUAAAACUAUUGCUGUGCUGGAGAAGGGUGGACGGAACGGUCGAGGUAAAUGGUCUUUGAAGCCCGAGUACGCUAAGAGGAAUUAAUGAGUCGUUUUCUGCAUUUACGUUCUUCUAAACCUGACGUUCCUCUUCCUUCCUCCCAGCUUCGUGUGUGGCUGGAUGAGAUGGGACAAACACUCCAUUUCCUUCCCUCGGUGAUAAUUUUAGAAGCAUCGGAGCAGUGGGUACCGUUUAGAAUUGAGUAGCAUGCUACCAUGGAUGGAAUAUUGACACCGGCUUGGGCUUGAAUUCUACUUGGAUGGGUAUUGACCCUACCCAUUAUUUGUUUAUCGUAUAUGAUCUAUAUAAUUUUUGAUAGGAAGACAGAAGAAUCUUCAAUAUGCAUCUUCUUUCCUCUCCAUAUGGGCCAGUGGAACAUCGGGAUAUACCCAGUGUUUCACAACUUCGCUUUCUGCACAGGGAUAUUACGAGAUGGAUGUCGUCCACACAAGUUGGUAAGAAAAGAUACAAUUAUGAUUACUAGCGAUGCAAGACGGUAUUCCCCCCCAAGCGUAUUGAAAC